AUGGGAAUUCCCCAGGCGUCUGUGAACAUAAUACACCCUUUGUAUUCUCAGACUUCCUGGCGUGUGAGAGUGUACGGAGAGCUUUUUAAAAUCUUCCAUGCAAAAAGCUGUUUUUAUCAGGGGUGCUUGCUCUCUCCAUUAUUGUUUAGCAUCGUGAUCGAUGAAACCAUGAGACGAACGCCAGAAGGUUUCCAAAACCUCGGUGUUCAAAUAGCCUCAAACAAGUACUUCGUCGAUCGGAAAUAUGAAAACGAUAUCUAUCUCAUCUUCGUAGAGAAGGAGAAGGCGCAGAUAUUUUCGGGCGAACUGACCAAAGUCAUCCAGUCCUCUGGUAUACAGAUGUUAUUAUUUUUGUGUAUACUGGAGAAAAUAAUGCUAUGCAGUAAAAAUGGGCAGUUCUGGCCAUCAGCAUUCACUCUUUGCAUGGAUAUUACUGAUUUUGGUGACUUCGUUGAUGUGGAAACAACCCUGUCCAACUGGAGAGAACGGGCCGCAGUGUCAGAAAGUCAGCUGUGUGGGGCGUUCGAUUUGUCUUCCACGGAGUACAUCGACGACAUCCUAUGGGGUUACGUCCACCUACAAGGUGUGACUCGAGACAAUGCCAUAUGGUACUUUUUGGAUGAAAUCAGACACAUUCCACGCUAUGGAGUCCGGACUUUCCGCGGCAUGACCUGUCGAAAUGAACCUGCAGAACUGGGUGUAUCCAGAAACGGCGUCACGAUAAUGACUUUGGAACCACAACAACGCACCACAGCCAAUCUGAAGACAGAGUUUGUCUUGCUGUCCGAGCCCAACCUCCAUCAAACGGGUACUUCCAUUGAAGAAUGUGUCCAGCACCAGAAGCUGCGUUGGUUGGGACAUGUGUUACGUAUGCCGAACCAUCGUUUGCCGAACAGAGUGCUGUUUUCCAUGCCCAACUCAGAGUGGCGUAAACAGAGAAGUGGCCAACCCUUGACUUGGCAGAGGAGUAUGAAGGAGAUCACGAAACGCUUGGGUGCUGUCGGUGCUACUCACCUUCCAGGAUGGGCACCGCGUGAUCCCCACUUUGUCUGGUUGGAGAAACUACAAGAUAUGGCUGUCAACCGAUGUCAGUGGCGUUCUUGUUAUCAAUCAAAUUGUUCAGCUGUAGCACGCCUUCGGCGCCUAGUUGCCAUGCCAACGGAAGGAGGCACUAGGGUUGGAAUACUGCCAGGUUGCCCUAGCCUAGACAGGAGUAGUCGAGAUGCUGAGUUUAGAUUUGAACGACGCACCUCCCGAUGGGAACAUAUCAAAGACCUAACUUACUCAAGAAAAACGUUCACCAUCCAGAUGCUGAAGAAAAAUAAGGCCGUUCACUUUCUUUUCGAAGAUAAUGAAAAUGCACGUUAUCUGUGGCAGUUUUGCAUUCAAAUGCAUAGCAGCUACAUAGACUACUGGACAAGAGUAAAGUCCUCGCCACAGCAACCGGCCAUCCAUAUAUCGGAACCACCAGAUAUCUUGCGUGGAACCGAGCUUCGUUAUACUAACCCAGAUUCCCCGCUGCUUCAGGAACUAUAUCCGGAUGGAUCUAACUCCUCUUUAGUGCCGAACCUGCUUGGUUUGAGUCAAAUCCCAGACCCCAAUCGAGACAUUUGUGGAAGCAAUCCUUCUGCCCAAAAUCUGCAACAACGACAAAAUUUUUAUCCAACCAGUCAAGGUUUACUGCAUCCGCGUGGCUCAGCUGAACAGAAUGCUGAGUUCUUGUCGGAAAUGCUCCAAUCCGAAGAUGGCGCAGAUGGCCGCCGCCCUUUUCGUAUUGACCUGAGUUACACAAAGUCACCGACAAUGAACGUAUUGUUAGGAGGGCCGAGUCAAGGGAUGAAUAACACGCAGAAGGAUGAACUAAACCUGGCCAUUCUAAGUGCAAUCCGGGAAGGUACAGCUGAGAGUGAAACCGGCACGCUAGUUGGACAAUGGAGUUUACGCAGCGGUGCCGAUACCCUAGAUUCACAGAUGAUCAAUCAAGGAUGUGUUACUUGCCUCCCGGGUCGUGAUUGGCUUCGUCCAGCAGGUUGGUUCCAACCACGUGCGGGUGUGAGCAACAACGGACUAGGCAGUACCAAAACGAAAUCCAGACCAUCAGCUGAAAAUACACCGGGGAAAUUGGACGAAAGGAAGCCACACACUACGAAGCGUGCGAAAUCGCAUCACCACCGGCGACAUCACCAACCGCAACCUCAAUCAGUAAAGAGACCUGAGAACACUGAAAGGUCACACAGAAAUCACUCCGAACGUCAUCACCGUCAUCCAGAUCUAGGUCCUCUUGAGGAUCACAAGCCACGUGCUGCAUCGACGAGUCAUGCGAGAGAGAGUGUCGCUCUGCCAUUACGUGGUGUUAGUGGUAGUGUGCUCAUUGGCGCAGCUCCAUCCUCGCCAUCUUCUCUCGUAUCCUCUGACAGUUCCUCGGAUCAUGGACUUGUAACCUCCAGAGCUUCGUUCUCUUCCUCCUCGUCAAGUUGCUCUGAACCACCAAAGAAACCAACCGUCGCCUGCGAUUCAGGAGAUGAGUCAUGCAGUUCAACGUCCAGUUCUACUAGUUCCAUCAAUUCCAAUCCUGAAGGAGAGGAGUUUGACGAAAACGGAACAAAGAAAACCACUUUUCGCUUCCCAGCUGCACUCUGUUCUGCAACCCAAAAUAUGUCUUACAAACCUAACUCGAAAGCGCCCUUGACAGUCGUCUCAACUAGUGCACCAACUAGAUCAAUGAUUACGGGAUCAGCCUCCCGUAAGUUGUGGCCUCCUAAUGUCUUUCCUCUGAGACCAUUGUUGGCUGGAUUUAAUCAACACCAUUACCGUCCUCAAGUGGAAAUGAAGCGUCAACAGGCUGCUGUGGACGCAAUAAUAAAUGAACAAAACCAAAUGGAUACUGUGGGAAAUCAAAGCUUGCACAAGGCUGGACCCACAACGUUUGGGAAGUCGGUAGGCGGCCGUGACCACAAAGUGCGUUCGAACAAGCCUCUGUACGAAUUCCAGCGCUGGUUAAGUGAAGCAAAACACCGUUUGCCCACAGUGUGGAGCCACACUGUCGCCGGCCGUGGAAUGACUCUGCAAAUUUCACCACCCGUCGGUUCUGAAAGUCAACCCGGUAAAACGAACGACAUGCAAAUGAACAACCAAGCUUCAACUGCUUCUAUGGCCCAAGCUCUGAGCAGUAUUCAACCCGGUGGAUCCCACCAGCUUUCAGUUCUCCCGACAGUUCAACCCGGUCGAAUCGCUCGUUCCUCAAGCGAAGCUUGUGCUCGUCAACUUAGUGAACUUCAUCGAAUUCGACUUGGCGACGCGUCGAACUACGUGAUAAACAGUAAACCACCGGCCAUCAUUUACCCUGACAUACCUAUCGGUCUGGGAGCUGGGAAGAAUAAUAGUGGAAGUAUGACACAGGUCAACACCUGCAACAUCACUCCAGCGAUUCACCUGUACCCACCAAGUCCAACACAAACUCCAUUCAGUCAACACUCACCUUCGCCUCCAAGUGACAGCACGGUUCCAGAUCCACCAUGGCCAAGUAAGGUCGGCGUAGAUGAGAAUCGACCUUGUGGGACUGCUGCGUCCUCAAAGUCAAGACGAGAACUUCACUCACCGCAGGACCGAUUUCCAGCAAAAUCUCAGACACUCCAGCACGCUGAAAUGAGUAGCUUGAGCACCCCACCAGAAAAGGAGCACAGCGACGGACAACUUAUGUCUUCAGCCAGUUCGCUUCAGAGAUCUUCACCGCUACAAAGGCAAGGAGCCUUCCGCGCCUCACCGGGGUGGCGACUGUUUCCGUGUCCGCUCAAACUAAAUGACGCUCACCGUUUAGCCGUCACUCCACCAAGACAGUGCCCCGAAAAACUAGUGGACGGAUCGGAGCAAGUCUUUGGCCGAUACAGAAUACCAACUGGCAUAGAAUCAAAAGGGAGUUCAUCGCCAUCUCAACAGUUUGAUUCCGUGCAGAAUUCAGGCGCCGGACCUGUGUUCAAAAGGUCAGCGCUAGACCACAUUUGGCCCAAAAAUGAUCUUGAGAAGGUAGCGCAUGAGAGCGACUCACCCACAAAUGGACACAGUUCAGCCCCACCAACAACACCCAGCGAGCGACUGCAUUUUGUUUGGGAUGACCUCUGCCUCCCGAGCAAUUCAAGUCAAGUGAUUAAGCAAGGAGUAGAUCAGCUUAAUGCAGCCAUUUCCGAAUGGGACCGUUCAGCGAGACCGAGUGCGGGCAUUAAUCUAUCUCACUUUUUGGCGACCCAACCAACAGAUGUGAUGAGACCGGAUGUGACGACUGAGAGCAGGAGUACACAGGAAACCCCGCUGGGAGUUUUAUCCUCACAGAACAUAGAGGACCAAGCCCUCGAUGAAUCCCAUCACACCCUGGAUUCUGUGCAACCUCUUAGCAGUGUACUCACUACUUCGAGUUCGUCUGAACAGAGUAGUUCACAGCGACCCCCAUCAAACGGACCACUGCAUUUGCUGACACAUUCAGAUAUUCAUCAACUUUUAAGUCUCACUAAUAUUAAGGAAACAGAGUUGGCUCACCGACUGCUUGCCGAAUAUCGCCUGGCUCUGUUGCAACAACAAACUCUUCACACAAACAGCGUGAGCACACCAAAUCUUACAGCUAGUCAAGAACUACAAAUGUUUUCAUCGUCAACGGCUGCGGAGGAAAUCGAAGAAGUAGAGGAGACUUGCGAACAGACGAUGCCCGCGGCUGAAUCAGAGGAAAGGAAAAUUAAGCAAAGACAUCAUAAAUCGUCGAAGAAAUCGUCCAAGCAAGCAGUCAAUCACGAAGAGGAUACACAGCCACACUUGCCCCAACACAGACAGAAACGUCAUCAUCAUUCUCACCGUCGCCAGUCCUCACGCAGAUCAACGUCCAAGAUACAUGGGGAUGACGUUGGUGUUAGUGAUGGGAAUCAUGAACGCAGUUUAACCACAAACAAGCAACCAGAACAUACUCUCGUGGAUUCUCCCGAUUACGUGAAUGCGGCUGCAUUUAGGAAUGAGCAGAGAGGCUGCACUGACCGUCCGCUCAGUCUGGCAAGUUCCACAGAUAUGGAGUCAAAUGGCACAUUCCGCGUGCUGUCAAGCAUGGAUACACGAACCAGUAGUGGAGCUGGAUGUUCAGUGGGCAAUUUGUCCGGACCAGGAUUAAGUUUUUGCAGUAUGGAAGGUGCGAAUGUCUCGAUCGAUGGCAGUAAUUCCAACACGAAUGUCAUGCUGGAUGCGUUUAUUCCCUCCAACUUGAUAUGGGACCCAAUGGCACAGCGAAAACUCGACUUGGUCCGCUCGAGUAACGGUGGUCGAAUAAUUGGCCCGGUUCCGGAAGUGAAUGAGUCCAUCACUCAACAAACGACUGACUGGGUUGGCCGCUCUCCUCCAGACCUGUGUAUGGAGAUUAUGCAAGCAGGGCUGCAUCAUUCUCGGCCAGACAACCAGUCCCAACUGAGUCCAGUGUCCAAUGACCUUCCAUUUUAUGCUCCAAGAUCCAGGGGCUCCAAACGAUCUAGCCCAGGGGAGUAUGAGAACCUAGAGAAUUUAUCCGAGAAGAAUUUGGAGUUUUUACGACUUGGUCAAACAGCACAGACAAAGACCGAAUCAAGGCCGACCCAAACUAAUCAGCCGGCAUAUGGGUCUAGCUUUGAACUACGAGGAGACAUUCAAUGUUCAGAUUCUGCACAUGGGUCGAAGAAGUUCACUCCUGGUACUACAACUCACGGGUCUUUGUCCACUCUGGCUUAUUCAACCACUUCCGCACCGCAUUCACCCUCAUCUUCCUCAAGAGAUUCAUCUGCCCUCUCAUCCUCCUCGUCAACUUCAUCGGUCUCUUCUUCUUCAAGGUCCCUGUCUGAGCUGCCUCAUACAAUGGGACGUGGAACAGAUUCGUCUCAAAUGCAGAACCGAAUGGAGUUAAAAGCAGUUCGUCAUUCUCCGGUCCCACAUUCCCACAAGCACACAGAACAUCGUCAUAGUGGCGAACAACAUUCGGCUGGUUGUACUUUUCCAUGUUCGAAUGAAACCGACCUCCAGUUGGUCGCUGCUCAGUGUUGUUCAAAGGCGUACAAAACAUCCUCAACCAUGUCAAGACUAGCGCAUAGGGAGCAUCACCAAUGUGGCUGUUCUUGUCACGGAAAGUCACCACCGAAAACACUGAUUAAGUCAAAUUCUUUACGGAUGAACAGUCCAAAAACCAAUUCUUCCAGAACGGAUUUGAUGCUGAGCCCCUGUGAACGUGUAUUUGCCAGACAGAAGGCUAGGUCGUUCGAUCCCUUUUCCAGCACCAGCCUGGCUCGUGCUUCUAAUCGAUACCGAACACCCGUACAGCUGGUUCCUUACUUGUCCACAAGCCAAACUAUUCGAACAUGCCGCAAAUCAGCCAAAGGUCUUCAAGCGUAUCUGCGAGGCUGGCGUCUACGGCGGUCAAAAUCUCGUGGCGUACUGGCGAAGUCAGCCGUCACAUCAGAGCAAGGUGCACGACUCUCCUAUUCUGAUGACGACGCAACUGAAAUGGAUGUAUGCUGUUUGUCCGAUUCGGAAGGAAAUUAUCAUGGCAACCACACCUCGGCAACACUGUCACCAGCGGAAAGUCCAUUACUAUCAUCAGCCUCAUCCUAUUCCUUUUCUACAUCCUCGUUGGAUGUUGCGGCAGAGGAAUUUUACGCACUUCAUAACCAUCAUCCCCAUUUGAGACCACUUCCACUUCGACGUUCGCAUCAUCGUAUGCAUUCACCUUGGUGUGUGAAUUCCUACAAUAAGGUACAAACACACCGUCCUGAAAGAAAUCGCAGGGGAGUGAGUUUAGAUCCGUCUGUCUCAAGUGCAAAUAUAGUAGGUUCAUUACCAAAACGUGCCAGUCCGGUAUCCCUGAUGGUUCGGGGUUCUCACCGCAAAGGAAACUCAGAACAGACCAAUCGGGUUCUUCCAUCCGUUAUUUGUCCCUACAAGCAUGUUUAUGAGUCGAGAGUUUGUAAUGCCUGUGAAUCAUUCUCAAAGACAUCCGUCGCCUGUCGUUUACCACGUCACCACCGACAUCAUUACAACCAAACCCAACAACCCAACUCAACUAAAGAAAAGGUGACUGGAUCUCCCAGGAUCCACCAACGAACGAAACAGACACAGAAGUCUGGUUUGAGAAAGGUGACACUUCCAGUGGCUUCUACACAACCCGCUCGCCGUCACCACCAUCAGCUGGCGGAAAAAUCGAACAAAAGGGAGCAAAGUAGUGUUGGUAAACCACCAGUGGCUAGAAGGACAUCGACUGACCCCCCAGAAGGAAUACAAUCCGAUAUUAGUUCAGUGACGAGACAGGGAAAAGAAAGCCCAACAAAAUGUUCAGUGGUUCAAGACACACCGGUCAAACCCCUCAGACCAAAAGAGUUAUCAUUCUUUCCUCAAAAACCGAUGGAAGACAGACAAGGGAACGGAUGCAAAGUAAAAACGUCACCAAACGUUACUCUGAAAGCACCCGGUGACGUCAAUGAUGUGAAAGAUUUAAACCAAAAGGAGCAUGUGCCAAACCGAACGGACAAACAAAAACCCUCAUCGGACUGGAAACACAUCGGACAAAAGGCUUCGCCUGCUUCGCCGGACCUGUUAAAUCAACCUUCAAUGAAACACUCCCCAGGAGAGCGACAAACGUUUGUACCUAGUAGUUAUAGCAUACCUGCCAAUCCUGCGUGUACAACUAGAACAUUCCCUUCCUCCGAAAUGCAUCCAGUGCAACAACGAAAUCUGAAUCAUUUGAAGACGAUCGGUCCAAUAACCAAUGACCGUGGUCUCUACCUUCUUGAAAAGACAUCACCAGGUGUUGAAAACAGAUCUGCUGGCAAAACAAGCGCUUCCGGGGCACUUGUCUCCAAUGUUACAUCAAGAACAGUUCAAACAUUAUACCCAUCUCCUUCUCUUUUGUCACCAGUCUCCCCAACGGUCACAUGCACAAAAUCACUUUCCGGCGAUUCAACACACAAACUCACUGGUGACACUACAUGUGAUACAGGUGGAAAGAACAAUGCGCAAUCGAAAAGUGUUACCAAGUUCUUUAUAAAGCCCUACGCCACAGAGCCAGGAUGCGAUUCGAAACUUCCACGAAGCGGUUCACUGGAACCGACCGAUUUGGGGACUCAACGUCCGUCUGUAAGUCAAGGAGGACAAUCGAAUUCAAGUAGACCAGGUUGGAGUUCAUCACCACGGAGCGGUAGUGGGAUCCCAGAGAGCCGAUAUCACAUCAGACCAGUAAGCAGUCUGAUUAGCAAGUUCUCACAGAAUGCAAGUGGAACUUCAUUCGGAACAAGGACCUCGUCCCACAGAAUGUCAAAUUCUCCAUCCGAGGGUAAUGGGAACCAGCGAAGUCCAACACCCUUCCAUACCAUACCACCCGGCCCCACAUGAUUUUAACGUUCGUAUGACAAUGCGUAUGCAUCGGUGAAUCACUUCACUUUUCGUGCAUUUAUGUAAAGUAUUCGUUUCUAAUUCGUCCUUUAAAGAUCUAUUCAUUUCAUCUAGUAAGUGCUGCACUACUUAACGUUCGAAUUUUCAAAUUCGGUAAUGUGAUUCAUUCUUGAUUUUUUGGUGUCUGUCAGAACGUGACCACUUGAAUAGUUAUUGUGGUACUGUUAUCUUUGUUUCAGUUCAUUGGCUUCUAUCUCAUAUAAAUAAAAAAUUUC